CAGCAGACUCAGACGUGCGGAGCAGGAGAGAAGGCUGGGAUCUCUGGGAUGGGCCUGGCUUUGGGCCUCUGAGGGUCUGGCCAGGUUUGCCAAAUUUCCUAUUUCAAGUCCAGGCAAUGGUACAAUGAGCCCCCAGGGUCUGGCUCUUCCGUAGCUCUUCCUGGUGGCCUUUAACCCUGCCCCUUUUUUUCCUCAGGUGGGCUGGUCCUCUCUGGUGAGGAGAAAAAGGGGAAACCACCAGAGGCCUCCAGAAAAGAGGAAGGUACAGCUUGCAGGGUACAGUUUUAGGGGGAGCAGGGCUCAACCAGAGGCGAAAGAGGAACAUUGGCCAGGCAGGCCCCACCUGGAGAAGGUCAUCGCCUCUGCUGGCGCCAGUGGAAAGAGGAUCCGGGACAGGCAGGGGGUUUCCGGCUCGUGCUCGCCCUCGGGGAGCUUAGGUGUGGAAGGGCCUGGGCCACAGGCCUUGAGGGGCACUGCCUCUCUGCUUCUGCAGCAGCCACCCCAGCCGGCCUCUGGCUCUCCCAGAGACAAGGCUUUUUGGGUUUCCUGGCUGCUCCCUUGCACUGGGAGGGCUGGGGCACAGCCACUUGGCACAGGCCGGGGCAGGGGACCGUUGCGCCCAGCCUUCUCCUGGAGACCACCUUGUCUGCAAGUUCUCACACAGCCUGAUCCCCAGGGCUAUUUCCUGACCCUAGCUGCCUUCCCCACCAGUGUGGGCACUUCAAGAGGUGAAGGAGGGUCCCACAGCAAGCUUGUUUCAGCACAUGCAUUUUUACCAAGGAGACCCCCCACCCCAAUGAGGUUAAGGCUGUCGAUUUCCAGCCAGCCUUUCCAUCUUCAGUUUAAGAAGGUAGGUGGGUGCUGCUCAAGGUGUGGGUGGGCCUGGGUGUGGGUAGGAGGCAGGUGGAGCAGGGUGCUGGGAAGACGCAGGGGGAGGGGGGCCACGGGAGGGUGUGGCUGCCUGUGGGGUGCUAGGGCUUGCGUCCUGGGGGCAGGCAGAACUUGAGGUCCACCACACCAGGCAACUCCCUUUGUGAGCCCGUCACCGGGCGUUGCCUUUUCCCUCAGUAACAGUGACUCACAAAGCCUGUCCAUGCCAGGCAGAUGCUACCUCCUCUGGGACCUGGAAGGCCCAGGUCACAAAGGCCAUUAGGGCCAAGCCCUGAGGAGGCUUGUCCCAAAACAGCCCCUGCACGGCACACAUCCCUGCAGCCGCCCAUCCGGCGGGGCCUGGGCCCCCUGCCACGAUUGCCACCCAGUGGCAACUGGGAAUUAGGGCUCUUGUGGAGUGCCACAUAGCUUCGAUGCCCAUGUGUGUCGUCUGCUUCAUGAAGGCACUGGUGCACGUGUUCAAGAUCUACCUCACUGCCAACUAUACCUACAACUUCCGCAACUGGCCAGUGGACUUCCUCUGGGAUGACAUUCGCGCCACCAGCAGGGGUGGCGGCAGUCACCGGGCCCUGACGUGCACUGCAGCUGUGGCGGGCGUGUGGCUGCUGCAGGGUGAGGCGCUAGAUGGGGUCGCACCGGGUCGGCCGUGGCGUGGGGCGCGCAGCCAGGCGCAGUGCCUCCUGCAGUAGAUACGCGAGCUGCCCUGCCAGCUUGCCAGCCACGCCCUGACCCACUCGCUGGGCCGCUGGCUUGUGUACCCCGGCUCCACGUUCCUGAUGAUGCGUGCGCUGCUGCAGCUACUGCGGCAAGGCCAGGACCUCGUGGAGCGUUACCGUGGCCGGCGCGCCAAGCUGGUAGCCUGUGACGGCAAUGAGAUUGACACCAUGUUCAUGGACCGCCACCAGCAGCCGGGCAGCCACAGCCGCAGCCUACUACUCUCCGUCAUCUGCUGCGAGGGCAAUGCUGGCUUCUACGAAAUGGGCUGCCUGUCAGCGCCCCUGGAGGCGGGGUACUCGGUGCUCAGCUGGAACCACCCAGGCUUCGGGGAUGGCACAGGCGCGCCGUUCCCUCAGCACAAUGCCAGCGCCAUGGACGUGGCUGUCAAGGACGCGCUGCACGGCCUGCACUUCCCGCCUGCGCACGUGGUGGUCUACGGCUGGUCCAUCGGUGGCUUCACGGCCACCUGGGCCACAAUGAUGUACCUAGAGCUGGGGGCGCUGGGGCUCGAUGCCACCUUCGACGACCUCAUGCCCCAGAGCUGGAAGGGACUGGUGGUGCGCUCUGUGCCGGAACAUUUCAACCUCAAUGUGGCAGGGCAGUUGUGCCGCUACCCGGGGCCAGUGCGGCUGCCCCGCCGCACGCAGAAGGAAGUGGUCAGCACCUCGGGGCCCCUGCGCCCCCUGCCAUCCAGCGACUUGGAGGGCAGCCGCGUCAAUGAGUUGCUACUGCGCCUGCUGCAACACCGCUACCCUAAUGUGAUGGCGCUCGAGGGCCUCGCAGUCGUGAUCCGCUGGCUGCGCGCCCACAACCUGCCACAGGAGGCCGCCUUCUGCGCGCGCUACCGCGUGGAUAACUAAUGGUUCCUGGCACCGCUGCGUUCCUACCGUGCGCGCUCCUACCGUGCGCGCUGCAAGGACGAGCAGGACAAGGAGGCCUGGGAGCCGCACGGGCUCACUUUCCCCUGGUUAGUGGGCCAGAGCCUGAGCCCCCGGCGGCGCCGGCAGCUUGCGCUGUUCCUGGCACGCAAACACCUCAAGAACCUAGAGGCGACUCACUGCAGUCUGGAAUUGGAGGACUUCCAGUUGCCCUGGAGGCUGUAGUCCAUGCACCCCUGGCGUGUUUGUGCAUUCUCACACCUUCAGAACCUUGGGUCCAUUCUCCUCCCCACCCCAAACAGUAAAGCUGGCCCUCCUAGGGAUCCUGACCUGGUGUCUCGAGGAGGGUGGGCAGUAGGUAGGGACCUGGUGCUUCCCCUCUCUGGGGCAAUCCCUCUUCCCUUCUUCCUCCUCCUCCCUCAAACACUUGUGGAUGUCCCAGUCUGCUCCUGGCUCCUAAAGGGAAUGCAGAGAUUAACCUGACCCCGUUUUGGCAACACUGUGUAAUGGGUGCCUCUGAUCACCUGAAAGGGUGGUGGAAACAUGGGCUAUGGGACCCCAUGAGGUGUCCUUCCCCAGGCUUCGGUUACAGGGAGAGAAGAUGAAUGCUGAAAGGUCUGUACAAGUCAUCCCUAGCUGUAAAAGGGCAUUGGCACUGGAGGGCUACAAAACAGGUCUUAGCAGUUGCCCUUCCCAGGAGUGUGAUGUGCUGCAUAGUAGGGUCACCUUCCCACCUCCAAAAUCCUGGCUUUACAGGAGGGGUUCACCAUGGGACCACAGACUCAGAGUCACAGGUGCACAGUGGCAUGUCCACAUACCACACCACCCACUCACUGCUGGGUGACUCCUUGAGCCAGGCCUGAGCUGGGCUUUGUUCCUGGCCCAGUGGUGCAAUAGAGAAUGUCCAAGCCCUCUGCUCACCACCAUUCAUAAUGCAGUAGCUCCUUUACCAUCUGCGGUGAACUGCACAAAGCAGGGACUGCUAGCUGUCCUCAGCCACUGGAGAUAAAGGCUGGUCAGGAUGGGUGUGGGUAAAAUUGUAACAUUUCCAGAAUAUCUCACCUGGCUUUAGUACAUCUGCA